UCGGGAAUAUUUGUUGUCUCCCAAUUGCUCUUCGAUCAAUCCCUAUAUAAGGCUCCUCGAUCCAUCUAUCUAAUCGCUCUCCUUUGUCGAUCCAUUACUCUCUUCCUCUUGGAUGGCGGCAGCGAGCCAGGCGAGCCUCCUGUUGCAAAAGCAGCUCCGCGAUCUCGCGAAGAACCCUGUCGACGGCUUCUCUGCUGGCCUGGUCGACGACGGCAACAUCUUCGAGUGGAACGUCACGAUCAUCGGGCCACCGGACACGCUAUAUGAUGGUGGCUAUUUUAAUGCAAUUAUGAGUUUUCCAUCCAACUAUCCUAACAGUCCUCCUACAGUUCGAUUUACAUCAGAGAUGUGGCAUCCCAACGUUUAUAUGGAUGGUCGUGUUUGCAUUUCUAUUCUUCACCCUCCUGGUGAUGACCCAAAUGGUUAUGAGCUUGCUAGUGAGCGUUGGUCACCUGUGCACACGGUUGAGAGCAUAGUUUUGAGUAUUAUUUCUAUGCUAUCGAGUCCAAAUGAUGAAUCUCCUGCAAAUGUUGAAGCUGCAAAGGACUGGAGAGAUCGAAGGGAUGAAUUCAAGAAAAAAGUAAGCCGCACAGUCCGACGCUCCCAGGAAAUGUUGUGAACUCAAAAGAGUUUAGUUGGGCAUCAAGACAGACCACAGAUAGUGUUUUAUCUUCGGAUAUCCUUGCUGUUGAUUGCUCAAAGCCUCUGUACAUUUUCCCAUUUAACUUGGUUUGUAAUUCUUCUCAAAGAGUUGUUGAUAUGUUGAUAUUUAUUAGGUUAUUUAAAGAUUGAUUUCCAGUCAUUGAUUAUUAUGGUUUACGAUACUUUGAUAAUCUAUUCUUUUUUGUUUAAUUAAUGA